AUGAAGAUGAAGAUGGCGCCUUCCAAGUGCAUACUGAUCAUCUUCGUCCUCUUCACCGUCUUCUCGCUGCAGCCAUCGGCAGCCGUCAGGGACGCCCAGGUGUUCAAGCCCACCGUCGCCAUCGAUGUCUCACAGGACAAGAUCAACGCCGACACGACCCAGCAGCCAUCAACAUCGCUGCCUGGGCUGCCCCCGUUGCCACAGCUGCCACAGAUCCAAAUCCCAUGGCUCCAACCACUGCCACCACUUUCGACGAUCCAAAUCCCAGGUCUCCCACCAUUGCCUCAUCUUCCGACUAUCCAAAUCCCAGGGCUCACACCAUUGCCACCAUUUCCAACUAUCCAAAUCCCAGGCCUCCCAUCAUUACCUUCUCUUCCGACAAUCCAAAUCCCAGGUCUCUCACCAUUGCCACCACUUCCGACGAUCCAAAUUCCAGGUUUCCCACCAUUACCACAGUUGCCACCGACUGUUGUUGGUCUAGGAUCACCAGGUGCAUCACAACAAGUCCCUACCAUCACCCAAAGCACACUAGCGGCG